AUGCGAGGGCUACCGGGCCCCGUGCGAGCCCGGCUAAAGAUGUUAGCACCAACUAUGAAGAUUCGCUUUGCAAACUGGAACAUUGGCACGCUUACGGGAUGCUCCACAGAACUUGCGGCCACUUGCACCAUACUUGCCAGGCGUAAAGUGGCAGUGGCGUUCCUGCAGGAGACACGGUGGAAGGCCAACAGGAGCCGGAAUAUUGGGCACGGCUACAAGCUGAUCUAUAGAGGCUCUUCUGGUGGGGAGAACGGUGUGACAGUGGAGCUCGCCGAGCAUUUCCACGAUAGCGUCUUGGAAGUUAGACGCAUAUGCGACUGA